AUGGCGAAGCCUCUGAUCAUACUGCUUGGAACGUGCGACACUAAACUCGACGAGACUCUCUUCCUACGCGAGCAGAUCCUCAAACCAGGUACGGCAGAUGUACUCUUGGUCGACGUAGGAUGUCACCCAGUUCAGCAUGACCUAAUCGAUAUCUCGAACACCGAGCUUGCCGCUCGUGCAUCCAGUAAAGAUGCAGAAAAUUUGACUCGGCUUCCUCGAGCCGAGUACAUCAAGCACACGAUUGAAUACGCCACUUCCUUGGUCGCAGAGCUCUUUCAGGCAGGCCAAGUCCAGGGCAUCGUCUCUGCGGCCGGAUCAAGUGGCACAUCGCUCGUCACGGCCGUAAUGCGGGAUGCGCUGCCCGUGGGCAUCCCGAAAUUAAUGGUGUCGACGAUGGCGAGUGGAGACGUCAAACAUCUCGUGGAAGAAACGGACAUUACGUUGAUGUAUAGCGUCGUUGAUAUUGCCGGCACCAACUUCAUCUUGAAUCAAAUCUUGACUAACGCGGCGGGGGCCAUCCUUGGGGCAGCCACAGUCUACCAUCAGAGCAAGCUAGACCAGGGAACAGCUGUCUCGGACAAGCCACAGAAACGGAUCGCAAUCACCAUGUUCGGCGUCACCACACCGUGCGUGGAUGCCAUCCGAUCUCAUCUCGAGAAGCACUAUGGCUAUGAAAUCUAUGUCUUCCAUGCCACAGGCUCCGGCGGAAAAGCAAUGGAGCGACUGAUUAGAGAGAAGCAGCUUGAUGCUGUUCUUGACAUGACAACCACGGAGAUCGCGGACGAGCUAAUUGGAGGGAUCCUUUCUGCAGGGCCUGAUCGAUUAACAGCAGCAGCCCAAGCUGGGAUCCCACAAAUCCUCAGUGUGGGGGCCUGUGACAUGGUGAAUUUUGGCCCCAGAGACACUGUUCCCGAUAAGUUCGGACAUGCCGGACAAAAUCGCUUGCUAUAUGAGCACAAUCCGGCGGUGACUUUGAUGCGCACAAGUCCGGAUGAAUGUAGGGAAAUCGCAGAGUUCAUCGCUAUAAAGCUGCGCGAUCAUGCUGUGCGACCUGACUUGGUGCAGGUACUUUUACCUACCGGCGGAGUCAGUAUGAUUUCGACCCCGUCGCAGCCGUUCUACAAUCCAACGUCAGACGCCGCUUUGUUUGACACGCUAGAAAGCCGGCUAGAGGGGAGCGGUAUUGACGUGUAUCGUGACGAACAUGCAAUCAACGACUCAAGUUUUGCUGUGCGGGCGGCAGAGGCUUUGAUAGACUUGAUCCGACGAGCGGAGUCUUGA